UCUUGGACCCGGAAGCAGUCGGCGGCGCUCGGAAGCUGCGGCGGGACGCGGGAUUCCCUGGGCGCUGCGGCUGCAGGAUGGUCGGCGGCGGCGGCGGGAAGCGCAGGCCCGCCGGGGAGGGCCAGCAGUGUGAUAAAACAGUCGAUGUGAAGAAGAGUAAAUCCUGUGAAGCCGAUGUUCCCACUGACCUUCGAAAAGAAGUCGAAAGUCAUUAUAAGCUUUCUCUGCCUGAAGAUUUCUAUCACUUUUGGAAAUUCUGUGAAGAACUAGAUCCUGAGAGGCCAUCUGAUUCUCUCGCUGCAAGCCUUGGACUUCAAUUAGUGGGUCCUUAUGAUAUCCUUGCCGGAAAACAUAAACUGAAGAAAAAAUCAGCAGGCCUGAAUUUUAACCUUCAUUGGAGAUUUUACUAUGAUCCUCCAGAGUUUCAGACCAUUAUUAUUGGAGAUGGCAAAACUCAGUACCACAUGGGUUAUUUCAGGGAUUCGCCUGAUGAGCCUCCUGUAUAUGUUGGUACAAAUGAAGCAAAGAAAAAUUGCAUAAUUGUUCAAAGUGGAGAUAAUGUGUUUGCUGCAGUCAAAUUAUUUCUGAUGAAGAAACUUAAAGAAGUGACAGAUAAAAAGAAAAUUAGUCUCUUGAAAAACAUAGAUGAAAAACUUACCAAAGCGGCCAGAGAACUGGGAUACUCGCUGGAACAGAGAACAGUAAAGAUGAAACAGAGAGAUAAGAAGGUUGUGACAAAGACCUUCCAUGGUGCAGGCCUGGUUGUUCCAGUAGAUAAAAACGAUGUUGGGUACAGAGAGCUUCCUGAAACAGAUGCGGACCUCAAGCGAAUUUGCAAGACAAUUGUUGAGGCAGCAAGCGAUGAGGACAGGCUGAAAGCGUUUGCUCCCAUUCAGGAGAUGAUGACGUUUGUGCAGUUUGCAAAUGAUGAGUGUGACUAUGGCAUGGGGCUCGAGCUGGGCAUGGACCUCUUCUGUUAUGGUUCCCACUAUUUUCAUAAAGUUGCUGGCCAGCUUUUACCACUUGCAUAUAAUCUGUUGAAGAGGAAUCUCUUUGCCGAAAUUAUUGAAGAUCAUCUGGCAAACAGGAGUAAAGAGAACAUAGACCAACUUGCAGCAUGAGUGAGAACUGGUUUCUUUGAUGUACAAUAUUUUAAAGUAUUUCGUAUUAAACAUGUGUUUUGUUUUUAAGUAAAUCAAAAAAAUAAAUCAGAAACAUUUACUAAAAACUCCGACAAAGCUCCUCUGGCCCAGUUUUCUUUCAUGUCCAAGUAAAUAUCAGUUCAGCCCUCUCAGUGGUGAUGCCGGAGUCACAUUUUGGAAGGCCCCCGAAAGUCAUCCUCUGACAUGUCACAGGAAGUCACUGUCUUAGGCCAGGGAGUUCUGUUUCAGUAUUUCACACAUGGCAGUGAGGGAUUCAUUUCUUCUGAUGCUUGAGUUAUUAUCUGUAACCUGGAGGAUUGGUUUCCCGGAAGCCAGCCUCCUGGCUCUUAGAGCCCAGGCUGUCUGAGCGUGAAUUUUAAGUUCCAUUUCCUGGUAUUUAUGUUUCCCUCCAGUUAUCCCAGGAGAUCUAGAUUUACAAACAAUCGUCCUUUGACUUAUCUGUAUUUUCCAAUAAAUACAACAAAGGAUUUAUUGUAUUUAUUGUAGUGUAGAAAUCAGUAAGCCAUUCAUUUGCAUUUGAAAGCAAUCAUUGCAAAUUAUCUUACCAGAUUUCUACUAGAUUGUGGAUAGCUGUUCUACCAGAUUCAGUUUUUCCUUAAAACUGCUGGCCAAAAGUCCUUUUUGAAAUGUUUGUUGAUUAGGUGAAAUGGCCUGUAAAUUAAUCCUUCCUAUGAAGAUCAAGGUAGAAAAACCUUAUAUUAAAACAGAUCAUCUGGGGGCUGGAGUGAUAGCACAGCGGAUAGGGCGUUUGCCUUGCACGCGGCUGACCCAUAUGGUCCCCUGAGCACCACCAGGAGUGAUUCCUGAAUGCAAAGCCAGGAGUAACCCCUGAGCAUCACUGGCUGUGGCCCAAAAAGGAAAAAAAAAUCAUCUGGUUUCAUAUAUUUUAUUAGAUUCUUUUUUGUAAAUUAGCCCUUUCUAUGAAGAUCAAGGUAGAAAAGCCUUAUGUUAAACAAGAUCAUCUUUAAUAUAUUUUGUUAACUGUCUUUUUACCGCCCCCCCAAAAAAAAAAUUUACGUUUCCAAAGUUAGCAGUCUGACUAAACAGAUUUGAGAUACUUUUUGUGACAUAAGGUAUGCAUCUAUUAUUAAAAUACCUGUUCAUGAACUUAAAUGUGAUGAGCAGCAUGUCUCAUCACCCCCGUUAGGCUGUGAGCUUUUUAAUAGUAUAUACUGAGUAGAUACCGUCCCUCAAAAAACACAGAACCUUUAAAAUGACCCAUCAUACACUCCUCACAUAAAAUCACACAUAGCAAGAGCUGAGACACUUUUGCUGAGACACCCAUGAAUAAAUGUUCUUCUGGCUGGGGUUGGACCUCAGGGUAGAGCAUCUGCCUUGCAUGUGUGAAACCCUGGGUUUGAUUCCCACUACUGCCAAAACAGACUCAUCUCAGACAACAGAAUUGUCUCCUGAUGACAAAAAAUCCCUCCGAGAUGGCCUGUGUCUUGUAUUUGUUAUUUUUCUUCCCAUAUCCCACACUGCCUUGGGAGGCAGCUUCCAAAGGAGACAUUUUAUAUCACAGCCAAAUUAAACUAAAAAUAUCUUUAUCUUCCCUUUCAUUGCAGUAUAGUUCUUUCAGGAACUGUCAGGUUUUCAUUACAUCAGUUACAUCUACAGGCAGGCAGGUAUCUGGACUUUUAUCUGGCUUACAUCAAAAUAUUAAAUAGCUCAUACCUACCAGAUCACAGUGGUCUGAAAUAAUCGAACAUUUCUGUAGUCCCUGAAAUGCUUCUUCGGUCUUCUCUCAUUUCUAAGGUGUAUCUUUCUGUUUGGGGGGUCCACACGACCAGCAUUUGGGCCACUCCCAGCCAUGCUCAGGACUGUGUUUGCUUGAACUUAUGUCUCCUGAAUGUAAAGCCUGGGCUUCCAUCCUCUGAGCCGUUAGCCCCUCAUAGGUGUUUAGUAUUGGAGGCAAUACUUAAAAGUAGUUAACACAAGUAUCUUUUCAAUUACUCAAGUAUAUUAAAACGGCCUGGGGGCCGGAGCAAUAGUAUAGCAGGUAGGGUGUUUGCCUUUCACAGGGCUGACUCUGGUUAAAUCCCCGGCAUUCCAUAUGGUCCCCCAAGCACCACCAGGAGUAAUUCCUGAGUGUAGAUCCCGGAGUAAUACCUGAGCAUUUUUGGGUGUGACCCAAAAAAGCAAAAAUAAUAAUAAUAAUAAUAAUAAUAAUAAUAAUGCCGACCUGCUUGGCCAGAAAUACUAGAUUUCUUCUUAAAUUAUAUCCGCUUUUUAAAUCCAAGUCUCAAGUAAAUAUUUUUUUUUUCGCUUAUUUUGGGUCACACCUGGCGAUGCAUAGGGGUUACUCCUGGCUCAUGCACUCAGAAAUUACUCCUGGCAAUGCUCAGGGGACCAUAUAGGAUGCUGGGAACCGAACCCGGGUCAGCCGCGUGCAAGGCAAACGCCCUACCCGCCGUGCUAUCGCUCCAGCCCCUCAAGUAAAUAGUUUUUAAGAUAUUUUUGGACCAUGUCAUCCUGUGACCUGUAACAUGGAUUUUAACAGGAUGUCUUAUCAAGGAACAAAUGACAAGUAAACAAAAAAUAACCAAAUUCUCCUUCAUUCCACAAACCUACACUUUGUAUCUGCAGAAAGUGUGGUGUAUCAGCCAAGAUAGGAUUUAGACGCCGAUGUUAAGUGGAAGGUAUAACUGACUGUGGUUGUAAGAGGCUUCCAGUAAGGCCAGUAAGUGCCAAAAGUCAUGUGAAACAUAAAUUUCUGGGCUAGUGAGAGAGCUCAAAAGGCUAAGCACAUGCUUUUUAUGCAAGAAACCUGUGUUCCAGCAUCACAUGGUUCCCCAAACACCGGGAGCAGCCCUGAGCACUGCCUUAUGUCCUCCAAAAUACAACAGACUCAAACUCAACCUAGCCGAGUCACAGGCUAGCACAGCAAUGUGUUUCAGUAGGUUCUGGCCUGCCAAGAAAUGAACAUUUUCCAUAAGAGCCCACUUAGAGGAUAUCAAGCCCUCCUUCCCUUUCUUCUUCAUUAAAGGACACUGAAACCUAGUCCAGUGAAACCCAGUGAACUGGAUACUGACUUAAGUAGCUUUCAUCGUGAGCACAUUUUAAGUACCUCAACUCUGCCAGGAAGAGCACUCUGACCCAACGAGACUUUAACAGAAAUAAUCAUACAACUCAAAUGUAGCUCAAUUUACUUCCUGGAACUUACCAGCUGGGUCCCUCUAUAAUCUAUCAAAACAUGUAGAAUAAUGUGCCCAAUUUUUUUUUUUGAAAUGCUGGUAUAAUCCAAGAAAAUAAUAUAGGCUCUAUCUACAAAGGAAUAUCCUUGAACUCUGUAUGUAUGGCUAUCUGUAUGAGCUUGCAUUAGCCCAAACUUCACUGACUUCAUUAUCAACUGUCCAAAUUACUAAUUCCUUUGAAUUCUGGUAUUGAUAUGGGUAUUUGAUAUUCUGAACUUCUGUUUAUGCUCUAGUCCUGGGCUUCUUAAACUCUUUCCACUAUGACCCACUUCUUGCCCCAGAAAUGCAACAGACAAGUGCUUGCUGAAACAUCUUGAAGUCACUAUCGGUUGAUUUUUUUUUUAAUUGUUGGUUGCUGCAUAUUCAUACAUUUGUAAUACUGUGUAUUUUGUGAGAACCUAGAUUUCCCACCAUGUUUGGGGCCAUGUCCCACCAUUUAAAAAAACAGGUCUUUUGUUUUUGGAUUGUAUCUUGUGAUGCUCAGGGCUUACUCCUGGCCCUGUGCUCGGGAUCCCUCCUGGAAGAGCUCAGGGGACUAUAUGCCCUGCUACACAUCAAACUGGAGUUGGCUGGAUAUAAGGCAACUGCUUAAACUCUAUACUGUCUCUCCAAGAAACUAGAUCUUCAUGAGCUAUCCCCCCCUCCCUCAGCCCUCUAUUGCUGUCCUCAUUACCUUACAUCUGAACAUACACAAAUAUCAGGUCCUUUCUUGUUCAUCUAGUUCCAAAGUUAUGUCAUCCUAUCCCAGGGUAAUACCUGGGAUAAUGAUAUUAGAUGUAUUUAGAUAACUCAAGUGGGACCUUUGUCCUGAACUCAAGCCUCAGAGCUGGAGUGACUGUAGAGCAGGUAAGGUGUUUGCUUGCACAUGGCCACGCCAACUUCAAUCCAUGUCUCACGAAUCCCACCAGGAGUAAUCCCUGUCCUUCUCCCACCCACAAAUCAAAACAAAGACUGAACUCCAGUCCUAUGUACAACUGCCUACUUGACUAACCCAUUUAGACUCUCUUAAGACCAACACUUCUUUGUACACAUCUCAAAUUUUUUUUCUUGAAGUCUUCCCUAACUCAGGGGCCAUCCUGUUCUGGUUUCUCCAACCAAAAUUCUCUUACGAAUGCUUUACUCCUAACACACCAAGUUCAUUAGCAAAACCCGAGUGAUCCACCUCUGAAAUAGCUAGAAUCCAGGCCUGGCAGAGCAUAUGGCUAGCAUAUGGGAAGCCCCAAGUGUGACCCCGACAUCAAAAUCCAACUACUUCAGAUACUUCCACCAACUUCAGACAGGGUCAAAUCUCUGUCAUGCCCACCUGGAGAUUUUAAAGCCUCAAUGAACUUCCUGCUGCUCUCCUUGCCCUCUUGUACUCUCUGUCCAAAAAAACCAGCUGCCAGAGAAAUGCUGUUAGAUCAUGUCACUUUUAAAGCUUCACUGGCUCCCUGUUUUACUAAGAAUAAAAGCCAAAUUUUCAUACCUCAACUUUAUUCAUCUUAUUCUCCUUUCAUCCUCUGGCCAGUAACCUACUUAUGUGGGGCUCUGUAUCUGAUCAUCCUGGAGUAUUCUACCUUGGGAUGUAUGCAUAUAGUAUUUCCUCCUGCUGGAAAUUCGUCUCACAGAUACUAUAUCAUUCCUUCCUUUCUUUGGGUUUCUGCUCAGAUGAAAUCUUAUCCCUGAAGCCUUCCCUUAAUCAUGUUAUUAAAUUACUAUCCUUUCCAUUAUUUCCAUUUAUUUUUCUCUGUUAUAAUGGGAAUUUUGGCUUAUUUCAUAUAUGCCUGUAACAGUGUACAUAUAUGCCUGUAACAGUAGAACCAUUAAUUUUUUGCAAAAUGUUGUUUCAUAUAUGCCUGUAACAGUGUACAGUAGAACCAUUAAGUUUUUGCAAAAUUUGUGGUAUUCACUAUGAUAUAUAUCUCUUAUAUAUAUUGGCCCCCUUUACUAAAGUGUAAGUAUCAAGAACACAGAAUAGUACCUGGUACUUAGUUCAUGUUCAAUAAAUAGUGAAUGAUUUUUUUUUCUUAAGAACAAAUAUCUACCCUGGACUUUGUAAACUGUUUUGCUUUUUUGUCAAAGUUUGGUAUUAGAAGACUACUGGAACCUUUUAACAAUUCAACUCUUACCAUCCUUUUAGGCAGUUCUAAUUUCCAAGGCAAUUUUUUUAACAUGGAUUUUCUAAACAAGGCAAUUUAAAGAAUCAUUUACAAACUUAGUUUUAAAACAUGUUUCUGAAAGUAAACUGAAGUAAAAUCGUUCUGCAGACUUGCACUUUUCACUGGCAGAUGGGGCUCAAUAAUACUAAUAGCAUGUUGAUCCCACUGUCCAAUCCAGCAUCUAUUUUGUUGUUGUUGUUGUUGUUUCUUGCUUACAAAGUAUAGAAACAGCAUGGUGACCUGAGAGAUCGUGUUUCUCACCUGCUGGGAGCCUGCACCUGCUAGGCAUACUGGUCUGCACUGCACAGAGCAGCAGGAAAGUGGGAGGAAUGUUGCAGCUAUAAUCAAAGGACAAACCACACGUUGUCAUAUAGAUUUUAAUAGAUUUUCUGAUUAAACUCAUUACAGUAAUCAUUUUUACUGUAAUGAAAUGCAGCUUUACUACACUAGUAUAAAUAAAAACAGAUAAAUACAGCUCUAGGCAACAUCACAGAUUGUAACAAACUAAGCAUUCUUCAUGAAUCAAAACUGAAAACAAGGAUUAGUAAGAGAUGCUGACACCCAUGCCCAUUCUCAUCAUACCUUCUCAAAAAGGGUACUCCAAUAAGGCGCUCCACUUAGGAUGGUCAAUCAAUUUGCCAAUUAGCCCAGGCACACUUAUUUUACAACCUCCACUAUUUUCAUCAUUUGGUUGAAAAGCAGACAUACCUCAACAUAUCAAAAGUGAAAGUGGAACAGAUUGUAAAACCAAAGAAGAAAACUGCAUUUGAAAUACGGCACUUUCCCAGUAUUUCAAGCAGUAAAAUGAAGGACAAAAAUAUACUCAGAAAAAAAUUAAUAUCCACCCUUAAAUAUUAGUCCUGUUAAGCAGGAAUGGCAAGGAAAGAAUGACUUAAAAUAAAAAAAAACAUGGAAAAUAAAAUCUAUGUGAGUUUUAAUGUUCAAAGUUGUCUGUAGAGACUGAUUGCUCCUUUGAAGGCUUAUAAUCCAGGGCGAGCACUGAACUAAUUCCAUAGCCAAUACUGAGGAGUUCAUGCUUUCGCAGGGCCUUGCACACUGCAAAAACACACUGGCACUAGUAUGUCCAGAAUUAUCAUUUAGAAAUUAUUUCACUCUGAUGGUCAAAUUAACUUUGAAGGGGCUAUUAAGAAAACUUAGUCAAAAGGAGGAAGUCUAACUUUAGACACAUAGCACAACCACGAAAGUUUCUUGAGAUCCCUAAAACUUUGCUUAGCUUUCAAUUGUUCAAAUAUGGCUUCAUGGUCUUAUAAAUCAAGAUCUUACAGAUCUUAUGUGAUCUUACAAUCUUACAGGUAUAUUAUUAAGAACUAGGAAGAGAAGGAUCACUUUUAAAUUGUAAAAACAGCUCAUACCAGUUAUUUCAAAAAAAGUCUGCAAAAUUCAUUUUCCUACCAAAAAUGCAUUAUCACAGAAUUUUUCGGUCAAUUCUUUGAGAAAACUGCCUUUGCUGAGAGUGAAUUAAAAUCAUGAUAAGAGAGACAUUUCCCAAAACAAAAAUUCCAAACACAACCCAUAGGACAUUUCAGUAUCAUCCUGGAAAAAUGUGCAUUGUAAAUAAUUCAAAAUGUAAAUUGAACACUGUGGAUAUGACCUACCCAAAGAUUCAAAAGUUACGUUGAAAAUUAAAAUUGUAAUUAAUACCUA